AUGGCCGCAGAUGAAAAGGACGGACGAGAGGAUCCUGCGGCGAUGGCUGCCCAGGAGUCGCUAGCGAGGGAGGAGAUAAGGCCGUCCACCGGAGCUGAGAGCUCGCCCGCCGGAUCGGCCUCCCAUACCAGACCUCACUACACGCCGCAGUUCUCCGCGACAACUGAGAUGAUCCUGAAGAGAAUCCGAGGCGAGCCUAACAAUUUGAGCUCCGCAAUUUCUUCCGCAUCAGCAGCCGGGACAAUCAAUAAGACAUCUUUUGAGGAUGCUAAGAGGCGCCUUGUUAUGAGCAUGAACACAUCAAUAUCUCUUCCAAUGCCAGAUUCCGCACAAGUUUCACCACCGCGUGCAGUCCCUUCACUUGUAUUGCCUAAAAUAGAGGUCAAAGAGAUAGUUGCAAGACCUGCAUCCAAACCUGGUCCAAAGCCAAGAGGACGACCCCCAAAGACGGCAAAGGCGGAGAGACAAGAAAAGGUCGAGAAGAAGGGAAAGUUGCCAAGCAGCGGUACUAAGCGUAAACGUGUUGGUAAAGACGAUGAUGGGGGAUCUUCACCGCUCAGCGAGCCACCAGAGACUGAAGAGGAAGAGGAGUACCAUGAUGCAACGCCUACAAUGACAAAAUCUGGCCGCCAAAUCCUAAAGCCGAACCAGUUCAAUCCAACAACAGCAGCAGGAGCGGGAAAGAGAAAACACUACGGCAAGCGAACAGCAGAACAAGCACUCUGCAAAGUGUGCACGCGUGGACUCAGCCCAAUCAAUAAUCAAAUUGUCUUUUGUGAUGGCUGUAACCUAUGCUGGCACCAGAUGUGCCACGACCCCUACAUUGACGAUGAUUUCGUUAGUGACGAAGCUCGAUCAUGGUUCUGUCGAGGCUGCUCAGCGAAGAGGGAAAAACAUCUCGCCAAGAAGAAGAGAGUCGAGGGGCACAAAGGCGUGAGCUGGCCUUCGAAAACCGUUGAGCAAAAACGAGCAUAUUUGUCAGGGCUUCCGCAGAGCCAAUUGGUGAACUUGGUCAUGUACAGCCUUGAACUUCACCCCGAUCUCCCAGUCUUCCCCGAGGCCAACGGACCAAGACGAGGGCGCCCCCCAGCAUCAGCAAAAGCCGCACCGCUACCCGGAAGCCCAGGGCCAAUCCACUUCAAACCCAUAGCCCCCGUGGUAGACACUCCCACAACAAAUGGAAACCAGGGCCAAACAGACCGAGAGAGGUCCGAGGACAUUCCGGCGGCAUGGCCAAAGGUGGGUGCAGGAGUACUGGCCGGUAUAAACCUCAAUGAAGCAGAUUUUGAGGAUAAAAACGACUUUGAAGCGUUCAGCCUUGCGACAUUUGACGCUCGAAGCGGCAAGAAGGUGGCUGAGAAUGGAAUUGAGUUUGACUGUGCAGACUUGCUUUUUCAAGACGGCUAA